ACAACAAGACUGCACGUUCUUCACUUCUGGCUUGAUCAGUUUCUCCAGCUUUGUUUUCUGUUUCCUUACUAAAGUUUACUUUGAUCUGUGACUUGAAGCUCUAAAUAUGAGACUUGGAGUCCUGUCAUUUCUGGUCCUAGGAUCCUGCUCAUUAACAGUGUGGUGUCUGCCACUACAAUCUGUGUAUGUGACAUUCCCUGGAGAUGUGAUCAAGAACAUGACAGAUAUACAGCUGGCAGAUGAUUACCUGAAGCGUUAUGGCUACAUAGAUGUCUUGCAGAAGAGUGGAAAGCAAUCAGUAGUAUCCAAAUCUAAAGCACUGAAGAAUCUCCAAAGGCAUCUCGGACUGCAGGAGACAGGGACACUUGACAAACGCACGAUUGAUGCAAUGAAGCAGCCUCGUUGUGGGGUCCCAGACAUCCGUAACUAUCAGACUUUUGCUGGGGACCUGAAAUGGAACCACCAAGAUGUCACAUACAAAAUUCUGAAUUAUUCUCCUGACAUGGAAGCCUCUUUGAUUGAUGACGUAUUUGCCAGAGCUUUCAAGGUGUGGAGUGAUGUGACCCCUCUGACCUUUACCCGCAUCUAUGAGGGCACUGCUGAAAUCAUGAUCUCCUUUGGGAGAGCAGAACAUGGUGAUGGCUACCCAUUUGAUGGCACAAAUGGCCUGCUGGCUCACGCCUAUCCUCCAGGUGAAGGAAUAUUGGGGGAUGCCCAUUUCGAUGAUGAUGAAUACUGGACACUGGGCACCGGACCAGGAUACAGUCUGUUUCUGGUAGCUGCCCAUGAGUUCGGACAUGCACUUGGUCUGGACCACUCUAACAUCAAAGAUGCUCUGAUGUAUCCCAUGUACAAAUAUGUAGAGGAUUUAUCUCUACAUAGUGACGAUAUCAAGGGCAUUCAGUCUCUAUAUGGACCUAAAACAGGCCCUGAUCCCACUCCACCACAAACCAAGACGACCAAUUCCUCUCCAAUCAUGCCAACUAGACCCAACCCAAGUGAGACAACUGCAUCUGUUUCCACUGCAACACAUGUAGUAGACCCUUCUCAGGAUGCCUGUGAAAUCAAAGAAUUUGAUGCCAUCACUGAAAUCCAGAAAGAGCUUUAUUUCUUCAAGGAUGGGCUCUACUGGAAAUUAUCAAGCACUGGAGAACGCAAAGGUCCUUUCUUAGUAUCUAAGAAAUGGCCUGCCCUGCCAGCAGUCAUUAAUACUGCCUUUGAAGACCAACUUACUAAAAAUAUUUACUUCUUUGCAGAAAAACAGUUCUGGGUAUAUACUGGAAAUGAAGUACUCGGACCACGUAGCAUUGAGAUGCUCGGCCUACCAUUAGAAAGAGUGGUGGGAGCAAUCCAGAGAAAAAAUGGCAAAGUGCUUCUGUUUAACGGCGAGAACUUCUGUAGACUGGAUGUAAAGACUCAGUUGAUAGACAGAGAGUACCCUAAAUUGACUGAAUCAGCUUUUGGUGGAGUGCCUACCGAUUCACACAAUGUAUUCCUGCACAAGGGAUUCUUUUACUUUUGCCGGGACGGUUUCUACUGGAGAAUGAAUUCCAAAAAGCAGGUUGACCAAAUUGCAUAUGUGAAGUACAAACUCCUGAAAUGCACAGUCUAAUGAAGACGUCCAACAUCCUAACCUGAUGACAGAGCCCUUUAUAAUAGGAAAACAUUACUCUUCAGUGUAGAUUUAGUGAGGAAUAAACUAAUGUAUUAAAUUUAAAGUCUCUGUUAUGGGGAUUUUGACUUUAACUGUUAAUGGAGAAGAGCAGUUUUAUCAUUGAAAUGAUCAUAGGCACAUCAAAUGGGAUGUUAGACAUAUUUGUAUGUCUACUUUAACGUGAUCUGAUAAUUUAUUAUUAUUUCAGUUUAUUUUAUAACUUGCUUAGGUCUGAAUGUGUUCCUUAACAGAAUAUUACGAGAAACUUUAAUCUUGUUAUAUAAAACUAUAAUGAGGCAAUGGCCGUGUUAAUCUUGGAAUUAACUUUGUGUUUGUAAACAUAGGAGUGGAGUCACAACAAGAACAGUCAAGGUCAAAUUAACUUAUUGAUGACCCACAUUAAUUGUUGUUUUGUACAACGUGUUAAUUCUCUGUGUUGACCACACUCAAAUGUUAAUUUUUUUAU